AUGAUGUCGCGAAGAGUAACAAACAAAGGUUUCGCAGGUUUUUCAGUUUUAUUGCGAAAAUUCCGCUCCUCUUUCAAUGCGUACUCUGAUUUGGAAAAAGGAAAAGCGAUCAGUGUUGUCGUUGUUUCUAGAUCUAGAUCUGGAACUUCUCAGAAAUGGCCCAAUACUAAACUAGGACCCAUAGACUCCAUCAAUCCUAAGUAUCCUUUACCUGGGUUCGUUGGACUUCCAGUUCCAAAGGAUGAAAAGUUACCUGAAAGGAAAUACACACCCGCGGUGCAUACAUUGCCUCCUCUGAAGGAGGAAAAAUAUGCGGCGGUUCUUUUGGAUGUCCACAAUGCUAUGGAAUUCAAUGAUUCUCAGCCUUCAAUAAUUCCGUUGAUAUCUGACCAGCUUGAAUGCAGUAUACACACCUGUCCAACUCUAGUUCAGCGAGAUCUGGCGAAUGUCUUUCCAUCAAGAAAACUUUCCACUACUCCUUUAACAGCUUUAAUUCUUAGCCAUCAUACAAAUGAAUCGUUGAAUAUGUGGAGUGAGGAAGCUGCAGAUGAACGCGAACAAUUAGCACAAUCUUUUAUCACUUCUGCGAUUGAAAUAUGCGCUUCAUUGAAAGAACUGGGUUACUGGGCUGACUUCAUUGAUCCAUUCACUGGGAAACCGUACAUCGGAGCACACGGUGAAGCAGUUCUUACAGAGACAGAUGAAACUAUGAAACACUUUGGAUUUGAAUUAGACAAUUCAGUGUGUUGUAAAAUGCUGCGUCAUCCUAAAUGGAAGAAUCACCUUUAUCGCUUACAUUCUUCAGUCUUACAGACUGUUCUUCAACACUUUAAAGAUUACUUUGGCAUUGAAAAUGAUCAGGAGAACGAAGCAGCGAAACAUCAAAAGGCUAAAUGUAAAGCGCUAACUGCAUCAAUAAGUUUUAUUGAUGAUCAGUAUUUUGGUGAUCAUGGUGGUAAAGAUAAUGAUAAGGCGUGUGAAGACAAAGCUGACAAUAGCUUCGUGAAAGACAAUCCGCGUGAGAAAAUGAUUCAUUCAUCAAAAUUUGAUGUUUUCGAUGAAUUAUCUGAAGUCGAUUCACAGUAUUUCGCUCCGUCAAGCUCUAAGUCAAGUAUGAUAGGAAAUUCUAUGCCAAUAACUGAUUCAUUGUCAAUGUCAAAAUCAUCAGUCAUCAGACCUGAAAGAAAAUCUCAUCCUCAUCGUGUCUCUCCUAUUGUUAAUGUUUCAAAGAAUAGCUCUAAUCGAAAGAAACAGAACAUACAUCUUGAGAAACCUGUACAUGAUUCCAGUUCUUCCUUAACACAAGAUGACGAAUUAGAAUAUUCUGAAGAAAACGAUAAUGACGAUGAUAAUUACGAAAGUGAUCCCGUUGAAUAUGGUGCAGAUACUGUCAGAAUUGUACGCCAGAGAACUAAGCUGAAUUUAUAUACUGGUACUACUUUAGAUGUAUCUUCAAAUAAUAAACAAGGUUCCAGUAUUCCAGAGAAGUUGGAUAGUCAUGGAUAUCGUGUGCCUGAUGAGGAUAUAUUUAAAUUCGACUUCUUAACUGAAGAAGAAGCUGCAAUGGUACUGUACAAGUCAAUAAUUGAUAUAAGAGAGAAUGUAAUAAUUAUGAAUAAACCAUAUGGAAUAGCAUCUCAACCUGGAAACAAUUGUAAACACAAUAUCAUUGAUCUGUUACCGCGUGUUGAAUUAAUUGUAAGGAAAAACAGAAAGGAUAAAGGUCACGGUGAUGCUGAACAACAACAACAGCCUGGAGAAUUAUCACUGGUUCAUCGAUUGGACAAAGAUUCCAGUGGAAUAAUGCUCAUAGCUAGGAACAGAGAUGCUGCAUUAAAACUACAAGAAGCAUAUUCUAGACGUUGGAUUAAAAAGGAUUAUUUAUGCGUCACUGUUGGUAUACCAAGAUCAGAGUAUGGUUAUAUUCAAUUACCGUUGAUUGAACGAAAUUUCAGUGGGAUUCGUAAGAUGUGUAUUCCUAAGUUGGAUCGCCAUACCCAAGAAAAGAUAUGUAAAGAGAUGCAAUUAGAUGUUGAUAAUCAUAUGACUGAUGGUCAUACAACAGAAGACUGUGACAUAACUGAUGCUAUUUCUCUGCUACAAACUAAAAUGCAAGUAAAUAAAAAUCCAAUCACAUGGUAUCAUAUGUUGGAUAAACGAAAUUCUGCUGCAUUAAUGCUUUGUUCAACACUGACAGGUGUCAAACAUCAAAUCAGAGCUCAUUUAGCAUUUGGCUUACAGACACCAAUAUUAGGUGAUCAUAAAUACUCUCAUGCUGAAUAUUUAGCACCACAACGUUUACCAAAGUAUUUAUUAGAAGCACUUAAAGUUAGACAGUCUAAAGUACGUUAUCUAGGAUUACAUUUGCAUGCUUCAAGUGUACAUUUUCGUGUCACACCAACAACAUCAUUAUCAUCUAUGGAUGGUGGAGAUUUUUUCAAUUUUAUUCGUUCAAAAGGGUCUGCUAACUCUAUGAAUAAUAACAGAGGUCCUCUUAAAUUUUAUGCACCACUACCUAAUCAUUUUCGUGAUAAUUUAAAACGAAUAGGAUUAAAGUUACCGGGAUAUUUAAGACAACUAUACCGAUGA